AUGGGCCUUCGACCGCUCGUCAUUGGAGACGUCACGCAGCAGUGGCGGCUCGAGCCCAUUGAAAUCAUCGAUGCGCCUCUUCCGCGGAUCACGCGGAUGGCAGACGAAGCGGCGAAUGAUGCGCUUCCUACCGUCGACUUAGCUUCGCUCUCGGUGCAUGACAUUGCCCAUCUGCUCACAUCCGGCGGCUUUCCAUCGAGCCUCGUGGCCCAAUGUCGGACGCUUGAGAUCAACGGCGACGCUUUGCAGCACUGUACUUCGGUCGACGAUCUCAUGCAAUUGGGUCAAUAUGAUGUCGCCAUGGCCGAGUUUCUGUGGAAAAAAGUCCGCUUCUUUCAUCGCCACGGUGUGCCGCAGCGGCUCGUCGUACCCAUGGUCUUUAUCAUCCAGUCGGUUAAGGACCCU